AAUGCCAAAAUCACGUUAUGGUCAUGUUGCAACAACACGUACUUCCCCUCACACUAGAAUUGACGUGAGCCUCAAAAUUUCGUCACCGCAUAAAACAUGAGCCUCAUAGUUUUUCAGUUGAACCGUUGAGUAUUUAACUUGUUGUUAGUCUUGUUCCUUUGGCUUGCAGAAAGGAACAUGGAAGCUGUGGUGGCUUUUUCUGUUGGUUCCCUUCAUAUCCCAAUAGCACCUGAAACACCAACCCCACAUAGAAAAUCAACGUUCUUGAGCACCCACGUGAAUUCACCAAUCCCAUCAGCUCUCAGAAACAAUUCAAAAACCAAGCUUUUCACUGCCUUAUCACCUUCUCCAUUGACAGAACCCAUUAACCCACCUGAGGCUGAAGCUGAAGGUGAAUCCAAUGCAGAGAAAUUUGACUGGUAUUCUCAGUGGUAUCCACUGAUGCCACUUUGUGACCUUGAUAAGAGGAAACCACAUGGGAAGAGGGUGAUGGGGCUUGAUGUGGUUGUGUGGUGGGAUAGAAAUGAGGGUGCUUGGCAGGUUUUUGAUGAUGCAUGUCCACAUAGAUUAGCACCCUUGUCUGAAGGAAGAAUUGAUCAAUGGGGCAGGUUGCAGUGUGUGUACCAUGGUUGGUGUUUUAAUGGAUCAGGAGAAUGCAAGCUCAUUCCUCAGGCACCCCCUGAAGGCCCUCCGGUUCAUACGUCCAAAAGAGCAUGUGUAGCUGCUUACCCAAGUGUUGUUCAGAAUGAUAUAUUGUGGUUCUGGCCAAGUACUGAUCCUCAAUACAAAGAUAUUACUACAAGAAAAAAACCACCAUUCAUACCAGAACUAGAUGAUCCAUCGUUUACUAGAUUAAUGGGAAACAGAGACAUUCCUUAUGGGUAUGAAGUACUGAUAGAAAACCUUAUGGACCCUGCACAUGUUCCUUAUGCACAUUAUGGACUAAUGCCCACUCAGCAACCAAAAGUGAAAGCUGAUAGAGAAGGGGGAAGGCCACUUGAAUUAAUAGUUGAAAGGUUAGAUAUUAAUGGUUUUACAGCAAAUCAGGGUUGGAGCAAAAGUAAAUUUAUGCCACCAUGCAUUUUUUAUGCAUAUUCUAAUCCAGAUCUACCUGCCUCAUCUGCUGAAACUCAGAAAUCAUCGGUUCAGAAGAAAUUUGCUUUAAUCUUUGUUUGUGUUCCGGUUAGUCCUGGUAACAGCAGAUUGAUAUGGUGUUUCCCAAGAAACUUUGGACUGUGGAUUGACAAAAUUGUGCCUCGAUGGAUGUUUCAUGUGAGACAAAACCUGAUUCUAGAUUCAGAUUUAUAUCUUCUUCAUGUUGAGGAACAUAAACUAAUGGAUGUUGGUCAAAACAAUUGGCAAAAAGCGUGUUUUGUGCCAACAAAGUCAGAUGCACUUGUGAUUGGUUAUAGAAAGUGGUUAAAGAAAUAUGCAGGCAGUAAAGUUGACUGGAGAGGCAAAUAUAGUGGGGCUCUUCCUCCAACAUCUCCAAGAGAACAGCUUAUGGACAGGUACUGGUCCCACGUGAUGAAUUGCCAGAGCUGCAAUUUUGCUUAUAAGAGUCUGAAUGUGGUUGAAGUAAUGCUGCAGAUCAUAUCUGUGGCUUCAAUUGGGAUCGUUGCCACAAUGAAGCAGGGUGCAGUGUCAGCAGUAACAAGAAAUUCAAUGGUUGCCUUUGCAGUGCUAUCAUUUGCAUUGUCUCGCUUGUUAGCUCAUUUCAUAUACAGAAACUUCCGUUAUCAUGACUACGACCAUGCCUUCCGCUGAAUUCUUUUUCCAUACUUCUUCAUUUCCUCAGCUGUAUCUAUCUAUCUUCAAGAACAAAGCUACUGAGGUAGCAUUUCACUGUGCCUCAUAAAUCAAGAGAGAAUUUUUAUACGUAGAAUAAUUAUCAUCCUUAAUUUUAUAUUAAGUUAGAGUAAUUACG